CUAGUCCAGAGCUGACCAGUUCAUAGCACUCGCGACUACGAAAAACAGCAGAUAGCCGUGUCGCAGCCACAAAGCUUCAGCAACCAAUCGUCCUGCGAGUCGGUGUCCGAAAUACAACUCGCAUGCCUGGUGCGGAAAUAUUUACCGGGCUGAAAACCAGUCUGCGGGGCCCCCAAUCUCCCGCACCUCCACCAGCUCGGAUCUCUGCCACUGAUCUUUCAUUGAUCGCCCGCUGUCCUACCUCAAAAAUACACCCCUAUUCUGCCUAGUUCCUCUAGCCUGCCUCUAAUCAUGCACGUCGAUUUCGAACAAGCAAUGAUGGAGCGAAGAAAGUGACGGCUGACGAAGUUCAGCUCAGCCGCACCAGUCUCCCUACUCGAACUCCUAUUUAAACUCGGGGGUUGUCCACCCCUACGGCCGAGGACUUGGCUCUCCUGAGUUGCCAUCUAUACCAGCUCCGAUGCACCCAGGAUGAAAGCGCCACUGAACAUGAGGAAAGGCGAAGACGAUGGAUUCGAAUUCGGGGAGGAGACCAUGGUAGAUUUGUGGGAGAAAGCCUUCGCGGAAGCAAAAGGCGAUCUCAAAUUCAAACCGGGUGACGAGGAGUCGCUGGCCGACUUUCACACUGCAAACUUCCCUCUUACCCAAACAGAGGCCCUAUUUCAAGAAUGGCGGCAUCCGAAGGCGGACACACCGGAGGUCCAGGAGCGCGAGCACAAGAUCCGUGAAUAUGUGCAACAGUGUCUAGGAUGGGCGCAGACAACAUGCACUUAUGCACAUGACCACGCAAGCGGCACAUUUGCGGAACCAGUUAAGCUUCUGUCUGGAGGCAUAGCCUACCUCCUGAAGGCUGCUCAAGAUGUCAGCACCGACCUAAAUACCAUUCAAAGUACCUUUCAGACAAUAGCAUCGGCCAUGCAGGAGAUCCAUAUCAUGGAAAAGCACCCUGUCGUCACACCAACCGCUAAGGAAAGCCUAGUGAAGGUCUUCAUCGCGCUGCUUUAUUUUUGCUCCUACGUAGGGUCCGAUCUGCGGAACCAAACGCGUCUAGCUAUGUGGAGAAAGAAGGUCCUCCGACAAGAGACCGAUCUGGCCCAAAAACAAUGCGAAAAGGUUGAGCAGGCAGUAACGACCUUCCACGACGCAAUUCGGUUCGAGUCAUACAAUGAUAUCAAGGAGAUAAAAGAGGGUGUGCACUGGCUCAUCAAGAAUACAAACACCAAGAUGCAACAAACUGUUCUACUGGGAGGCAUGUACAGCAUGUCCGAGAAGGGGAACGUACUGGAUAAACUGGCGAAAACACUUCAAGGCAAGCUUCAUCUCAACCUCACGGUAUUGUCUCAGAUGGCCACUAGAAUGGACGAGAUUAUGCCUGAACUAGUGAAAGACGGCUUUCGGUGGCUCGCCUCAAAUGACUUAUAUCAACAGUGGCUUUACCGGCAUGACACAUCGCCUGUGCUUUAUAUAAGGGGCAGUGAUGGAGUUGGGAAAACAUCCCUCACGGCUCACUGCUACCAGCUCAUACCCAACAUGGCAGGGAGGAAUCGCACUCUCGUCCAGAAAGAAACCGUGCGCCAGCAAUUAAUUGUAACCUACUUCCUGUUUGAGCCGGGCAUGCAGUAUUUCCAAAAUUUUCCCAGUGUUAUUGCAUCAAUUCUUUUCCAGAUUGCAGCUCAGGAUCCAAAGUGGUGUGACUCGAUAUCGGGGAAAGCUGUAUUGAACUCGCACGACCCGAUAGAGAUCUGGAAGGAUCUGGUGCUGAAGCGAUUUGAGAAGAAAUCGCACUCGUCCGAAGAACUCUACAUCCUUCUUGAUGGUAUUUCGGACAUGCAAGCAAAGGAGCGAGAUUCGAUGCUGCGGCUGUUCUAUGAAAGUCUUAGCGGCAGAGACCACCGGGUUUGGAUUUUGCUGACUGGAUCUGGCAAACAAAAUGAGAGUUUCCCGUCUGACAUCGUCGAGGCAUCUCCCAUACCUAUGAUCGAAAUGACGACCGACCGAAAGCUGGCAGAGAAGAUCAUUGAAAAACGCAUGGCGCGGCUUGACAACCUUAGGCGGAUUCGACCAGAAUCUGAAGGUUACAGGCUAAUUAGCGAGUACCUGUUUCAGUCAUCCAACGGCAACCUGUCCAUUCUGGAUCAGACAAUUGAAAUUCUUGAUCAGAAUGGUACAGAUAAAAGGAGCUUCCUGAAGUUUAUGGAAGGAGCAGGUAGCGGCGAUGAGAACUUGAUUCGCCACACUCUGAGAGGCUCGGAUGCGACAUUUACUAGGGCUGUCAAGAAGGUGCUAUUGUGGUGCGCUUUUGCGAAGCGGGCGCUUACUGUGUCUAAUUUGAAUGACAUCAUUCGACUUGAUGAUGAUCUACAAGCGAACGGCAUCAAGCCAGACGCCGUCCUAGAAAGAUGUCGAGAUCUACUUUAUAUCCGACGGGUGCUUCCUUCGAAUUUGGGUCCUCCAAGUGUGAACCCUGAGUUAUAUUGGUGUUCCCGACCGGAUCACGAGACAGGAAAUCAAAAAGACAAAGCACACAAGCAGCCGCUUGCCGACGAUUAUGAGUAUGUCGAUUUCCGCCAAGCGAAGCUCAAGAAAUGUAUUCAACAAGGCGGUACAAAUAUAUACACGGACGUGAAUGCGGAGAAAGUAGAAAUCUUUGUGACCCUCUGUGAUAUACUUUGCGGGUCGAGCUUGGAGCCCGAGAGCUCUCUACCUGAAUACGCGGCCUUUAAUCUCAUCCGUCAUCUAAGAGAGAUUGACCUUGUGACCCAUGAAGUUGUCCCAGUCGAUCAUUCGAAGGAGAAGUCCUUGAAGGACUUGUUGUCGAAGGACAGAGAGACAAAGGAAAAGGAAGCAAGAUCCAAGGAAAUGAAGCCUCAAUCCCAAAGAAUCAAGAACGACCAGCUGAAGAGAGUGGGAAAGGCUUUGUAUCGAGUGCUUACAAACGAGACGGGUGUGUCCGCUGUCUUUGAAAAAGUCCAGUCUCAGAUGGAUAAUAGUCAUAUUGACUUCGAUCUCUAUGACACCCCAUCUGCAGGCACACAAGAAUCUGGGGACUGUGGAGACUGCGUGAAGACGAGCACCAACGAGCUUAUACGUGUCUGGGCGGAAGAGAUGAUUGCAAGAGACAGAGACGACCAUUUGUCCCUCCCAGCUCACAUCUGGAGCUGGGCCGACAUUAUGAAGACACAUCCUGCGAGGAUGUUGGAGAAUCUAGCUCGAGGGCACCUUCAGAGCUGGGUCCAGAAGUCCACCGCUGAAGAAGCCAGAGUUCCAUAUAAGCUUGCGUUCCGCGCAUUCUUUACUACUGGUAGAUUCCAGCACUGGUCGCGAGAUGAAGACCAAAUCAAUGCCAGUAUAGCCGAGGAUAUGCUAGGCCAGUGCAGAGAUUCGAGGACACGGUUCGCGCAGGCGCGACUUGCAGCCGCAUUGCUUCUAUACGAGUCGCCUCAUACACAAGACCGAGAUUACGCUCUUUUUCUAUAUGAGAAAAAUCGACACCUGGACGAGUCAAUGUGUGCGGAAAAGCUUUAUUCCUUGCUAGGUCUUGCGUCCCAUUACACUCCUCCUCAUGGAAGCUCGGAUACUGCCAGCUGGGAGAAAGUCAAGAAGUACACGGAAGAAGCGCUCAAGUGUUGGAAGGACUCUGAUGCCGCAUUGCGGCCCAACUUCAACCCUGAGCAGUGUAAAAAUGUCUAUAUGCUGAAUGUGAAGGCUUGUAUGGCUCUCAAGGAUACCAAGUCGGCUCGCAAAGCUUGUCAGGACGCGCUGAACAACAAGUUCCUCCGGCACUGUCGGGCGUUGGGAUACUUCCUGACGGUUCUCGUUCAGAUACAUGCGGAACAGGAGGCUCAUUCAUCAAUUAUCCAGACUAUACAAGACCAGCUGGAGUACCAGCCUCCCUAUUUCAUACCAGCAUGGCUCAUGAACCGCUCUCGGCAAACGAACAAGGAUGACCGGCUACGCAGAGCAGCCGUUGUCACCGGGAACGUUGAUAUUGUGAUACAAAUCUACGACCGCGCGAUCUGUCACUGGGCGUAUAGGGGACUUUUCCACGAAACGUGCGUGAUGCUCUCUGAGCUUGCUGUCAUCUAUCGACAAGACUGCCAUGCGAUCAAGAUGGCCGAGGACAUUCUGAGCCGGAUGCUGGGCGCUAUGCUGAAGGACGAGUCCUUGCAGGUCGACUCCAAACUGCUCAGUAUUAUCAUCAUGGAGCGAUUCGACAUCUACUUUGACCGGUACAGCAAAGCGCGGAACAAGACCGCAAAAGAGCCACUUUGCCAUGCAGCCAGCGCCUUGAUCGCCGAUGUCAGGGUAGCGGACGUCAUCGAGUCAUCCACGAAAGCCACCGUUCUCAUCACGCUUGCGAAGAUGUGGCGGGGUAUUGGGUUCAAAUACCGAGCGUACCAGUAUGCCGACCACGCUUUCAAACUUUGCAUCGUCGACCUCGAGGACCGGGUUGACGAUAAUGACAUGGAUGCUUUCCGCGCACUGACCAAGGUCUUGCACUUUGCCGGACUGUCGAAGGACGCUGGGAUCGCUGCCUCGCUUAUCUUCGACAAGGCCAACGCAAAUGCAUUGGAAGUGAGCGAUGAAGAAUAUCGGAACACACUAUUCUCCGCUGUUAUCACCGAACACCCUCCCUCCGCCGAGACACUAGAUCUGCAUAUCACCACAGGCAGCGACGAUGCAUUCGCCCCACCCUUUAUCCACGAACAUGAACAUGAACAUGAGCAUGCAGCCCCCCUAUCAGCAUCUAGUAUCGCGACCGACCCGACCGAGAAAUCGCCCACAACCGCCGCAACAACACCCUGCAGCGGCUCCAUCCAAGAAACAACCAAAGUCAUCGACGAGGGUAACGGCAGUCUGCUACAGUGCAUGGGUCCCUGCGGCAAAGACAAGCUGAAUCAGUGGGAACUGGGCUCCCCGGCCUGGUUCUUCUGUCUCGACUGUCCCAGCACGGACUACUGUAAUGAGUGCUACAACACCAAGGACGCGAACAAGCACUCCCAGGAUAAGGGGCUUUGGUCGAAAGUGUGCUGGGGAAAGCACACGUUGAUCCAGCAGCCGAUUCUUGGAUGGAAGGGUGUCAAGGAUGGCGUCAUUCGCGUGGGUGGGAGUAGUCGUGGCGUGAAGGAUUGGAUGCUGGAUAUGAAGGAGAGGUGGGCGCUUGAGAUGAGGAAUAAUUCGAAGAAGAGAUCGUGAGCUUGGUGGCUUGGUGGCUUGGUGACUUGCGCCUUGUUACCUGGUCGCCUUGCGCUGGGUUUCAUAAUUACAUUUUAUUUAAUUCAUAAUGUCGGAUCUGGAGAGAUCUGAGACGGGCACACCUUUUUCCCUGGGUCGUCACAUGAUUUGCUCAUAUCGCCACAACAGCUUCUAGGGAAGAAUCUGGCUGUCACAAACACGCUAGGAGCUCAUUCGGGCAAUCAAAGGAAACCAGACUGUCCGCCCUGUCUUCCACUGCUCAGCUCUCACCGAGGAUUGGCGAAAGCCUGUGUCUGUUGGUCACUA